CAGCCUCUCAGACUCUGCACACAGCCCUGCCAUGUCCUGCCGCUCCUACAGAAUCAGCUCAGGAUGUGGGGUCACCAGGAACUUCAGCUCCUGCUCAGCCGUGGCCCCCAAAACUGGCAACCGUUGCUGCAUCAGUGCGGCCCCCUACCGAGGGGUGUCCUGCUAUCGGGGGCUGACGGGCUUUGGCAGCCGCAGCCUCUGUAACCUGGGCCCCUGUGGACCCCGCAUGGCCGUUGGGAGCUUCCGCGCUGGCUCCUGCGGUCGCAGCUUCGGGUACCGCUCAGGCGGCGUGUGCGGGCCCAGCCCACCCUGCAUCACCACCGUGUCGGUCAACGAGACCCUCCUCACGCCCCUCAACCUGGAGAUUGACCCCAACGCCCAGUGCGUCAAGCACGAGGAGAAGGAGCAGAUCAAGUGCCUCAACAGCAGGUUUGCCGCCUUCAUCGACAAGGUGCGCUUCCUGGAGCAGCAGAACAAGCUGCUGGAGACCAAGUGGCAGUUCUACCAGAACCGCCAGUGCUGCGAGAGCAACCUGGAGCCCCUGUUUGCUGGCUACAUUGAGACGCUGCGGCGGGAGGCCGAAUACGUGGAGGCCGACAGUGGGAGGCUGGCAGCGGAGCUCAACCAUGUGCAGGAGGCCCUGGAGGGCUACAAGAAGAAGUAUGAAGAGGAGGUGGCCCUGAGAGCCACGGCAGAGAACGAGUUUGUGGUUCUAAAGAAGGACGUGGACUGCGCCUAUCUGCGGAAAUCAGACCUGGAGGCCAAUGUUGAGGCCCUGGUAGAGGAGUCCAGCUUCCUGAAGCGCCUCUAUGAAGAGGAGAUCCGUGUUCUUCAAGCCCACAUCUCAGAUACCUCAGUCAUUGUCAAAAUGGACAACAGUCGGGAUCUGAACAUGGAUUGCGUUGUCGCUGAGAUCAAGGCCCAGUAUGAUGAUGUUGCCAGCCGUAGCCGGGCCGAGGCCGAGUCCUGGUACCGCAGCAAGUGUGAGGAGAUGAAGGCCACGGUGAUCAGGCACGGGGAGACCCUGCGCCGCACCAAGGAGGAGAUCAACGAGCUGAACCGCAUGAUCCAGAGGCUGACGGCCGAAAUCGAGAAUGCCAAGUGCCAGCGUGCCAAGCUGGAGGCAGCUGUGGCCGAGACUGAGCAGCAGGGCGAGGCAGCCCUCAGUGAUGCCCGCUGCAAACUGGCUGAGCUGGAGAGCGCCCUGCAGAAGGCUAAGCAGGACAUGGCCUGCCUGCUCAAGGAGUACCAGGAGGUGAUGAAUUCCAAGCUGGGCCUGGACAUCGAGAUCGCCACCUACAGGCGCCUGCUGGAGGGCGAGGAGCACAGGCUGUGUGAAGGCGUGGGCUCCGUUAAUGUCUGUGUCAGCAGCUCCCGUGGUGGAGUCUCCUGUGGGGGCCUCGCAUACAGCACCACCCCAGGGCGCCAGAUCACCUCCGGCCCCUCGGCCACAGGGGGCAGCAUCACAGUGAUGGCCCCAGACUCCUGUUCGCCCUGCCAGCCCCGCUCCUCCAGCUUCAGCUGCACGAGCAGCCGGUCCGUCCGCUUCGCAUAGUAGAGCCCAGAGCCGUGGCCUCCUGCCAAGCGCCUGCCCCGCUGUGUCAGCCAGGCACUGAAUGUGUGUGAAUGGAAAACGCGUGCUUGCUUCCAGAAUCUUCCAGAUGUUCCUACAGAAAGAAAGACCCUCAGGCCGCUCUCUUCCACCUUCUUCUUUUGGGGAGUUGUGUCCUAGCUCUCAUGGUGGCUUCAGUUUAGAGUCAUUCCCAGCCUUUCACUUAACUCCAGCCUGGCUCCUAAAUACCUGCGGCCAAUUUGUAUUAUUUGUAUUAUUUGUAUUAUUCACCAUGCUCUGGUCAUCCAGAGAUGAUGGACAGCAUGGGAGUUUGGCCUUCCCCUGGGUCAAGGCACCAUCCUAACGGACCCUGCCAGGCCUCCCAUGACUGAGAGUCAGACAGACAGAGCCUCCCCACAGGGAAGGGUGGUCUCCACAGCGAGCACCUGCCCGUUUAUUCUUGCGCGUGCUUCACUUGUCUCUUUGACUUGCUUCUUCUGGCUUAACUUGUUCCAGCCAGACUCCUCCUGCGACCUCCCAGGCAAGAGGCCCAUUUAUUGUGGGGGAAUGCUUUCCACCUACAGCCCUCUGGUUAGGGGACUUUGGGCAGGCCUUGCUGUCUGACACCUUUAUACAUUUCAAAGAAGACUCCUGAAGUUGCUCCAGACUUCCCCCUGCUGGGUGCAGGAGGGGACUGUCCAAUGCAGAGCUGGCGGGAUGGAGGAGAAAUGUAGGCGGCUUCUGGGUCCCUCUCUCGUUAUGACUGUGGGUGCCUUGCCUUCUGGGUUGUCUCAAUCUGUGUUUCAAUAAAUGCUGCUGCCAAGCAAG